AAAACCCGUAUCCUUUCCAAGAAGUUCUGCAUCUCUCUUGUUCUGCCAGCAGCUGUGAUCACGAGAGCUCUCAUGAGCACUAUAGUGUUGUUUCUGGGUAAUUUGUCGCCCAUAUAUUCUCACGUACUGAUCGGAUGCUGCGACGGGAGAAAAGCUCUGCCACCGAGAAUUGCUCUCCUGAAGCUGGUUGGGCGCGCGAUCUUGUGCCGCCAUGCUAGAAUUUAUAUAUUGAUGUGAUCAACGGUGGAGGACUUCAAUCUAGUGUGAUCAGCAGAUUAGAACCGUUGAGUUCUUUUUUGAGAAGAGCAGGGAAACGGCGCUGGCGUCCUCCUGUGGUAGAACGAAAAGUUGCCUACUGGAAAACUUGCAAAAAAGUUUCGCGCGGUGAAUUUUCUGUGGAAAAAAAAUGUUAAGAUCGAAAAGUUAAAAUAUUGAUACUAUAGUUUACCUGUUCUAAGUAUCAAGUGUUGUGAUAGAAAAAAUCGCGUGAUUGCGAAGCGGUGGUUGUUCUAUAAGCUUAUAUCGAGCAAAGAUCGAGUAAUCCUUAGCUUAGAACUGACAAAAGAGGGAAAAAUACAAUAUGACGCCAAAACCACAAGAAAAUAUUGCGGUAGUGCACGUCGGGGACGAUAACGACUUACCCGGUUCGUUAAAUAAUGCAAGCAGUCUGGGGAACCUGAGCAAUAACCUGAAAUUGAACGGCUUCAUCAACAAUGGCUUCGUCUCGGAUUGUCCGGUCAUGGCGGAUAAGCAUGAUCAGACAAAGGAGCUCGAGAUACAACAGAAGAAGAAGAACGGCAAGAACGCCGGGUCCACCGGAUUGGAAGUUGUGCGGGAAACUCCGAUCGUUGAUUUCGAUGAUCUGUUGCCACACAUUGGCGAAUUUGGGCGCUACCAGAAGAUCCUGUUUCUACUGAUGAUCCCGUUUGCGUUUUUCGUGGCGUUCGUGUACUUUUCGCAAAUUUUCAUCACUAUUGUUCCGGAAGAACACUGGUGCUGGGCUCCGGAGCUAGAACACUUGUCCGUGGAAGAAAGACGUGCCCUAGCAAUUCCUGUGCACUAUGAGCACGAAACUGAAUUUGACGAUGGCACUGCUUCCUAUAGCAAGUGUUCGAUGUACGCCGUUAACUUCACGGAGGUGCUGGCCAACAACAUCCGCAAGGCUGACCCGACUUGGCCGACGCAACCCUGCAAACAUGGGUGGGAGUACAACUUUACCGAUGUGCCAUAUAGAACAGCUGCUACUGAUUUCGAAUGGGUCUGCGAGAACGAGUACCUGGGCACGCUAUCACAAUCAAUCUUCUUCGUAGGUGCCAUCGUGGGUGGGCUUCUGUUUGGCUGGAUCGCCGAUCGGUACGGCCGAAUUCCAGCACUGGCCGGUUGCAAUGUGAUAGGAUUCGCAGCCGGUGUGGCAACCGCUUUUGUCGGUAACUUUUGGCAGUUUGCUUUCUGCCGAUUCCUGGUCGGGUUUGCCUUCGACAACUGCUUCACGAUGAUGUACAUUUUGGUUCUAGAAUACGUUGGUCCGAAAUGGCGCACAUUUGUCGCCAACAUGUCAAUAGCGUUGUUCUUCACCGCCGCUUCUUGUGCUCUACCGUGGAUUGCCUACUACAUUGCCAACUGGAAAGUAUUUGCUAUCGUAACCUCGGCUCCGUUGGUUCUUGCUGUCUUCACGCCUCUUCUUGUACCGGAGUCUGCCAGAUGGCUAGUGUCGCAGGGCAAAGUGGACAAAGCUAUGCGCAUUCUUAAAAAGUUUGAGAAAAUCAAUAGAAAGACGAUUGAUGCCAAGGUGUAUCAGGAAUUUAGUGAUAGCUGCGUCCGACUGCAGGAGGAAGAAGCCAACAAUAGCAACUACUCAGUGCUAGACCUGUUCAAAACACCCCGUUUGAGAAAUAUAACUAUUCUGCUGAUCGUUAUCUGGAUGGCCAUCUCACUAGUAUUCGAUGGACACGUGCGUAAUGUCGGAUCUCUCGGUUUGGAUCUGUUCGUAACGUUUACGAUUGCUGCUGCUACCGAGCUUCCCGCUGAUACGUUUCUCACCUUUACCCUGGAUCGAUGGGGUCGCCGUUGGUUGGCCUGCGGAUCUAUGAUUACCAGCGGCAUAUUCAGCUUACUUGCUACUACAGUACCAAUGGGUGCUCUCUCCGCUACUUUAGCAAUGAUGGGUCGUUUCAGUGUAAAUAUAUCCUACAACAUUGGACUGCAGUACGCAGCAGAACUACUACCAACAGUGGUCCGUGCUCAAGGUGUUGCCUUCAUCCACAUCAUGGGUUACGUCGCCAGCAUUGUUGCACCCUUCGUUGUGUACCUUUCCCACAUUUCUCCUUCGUUGCCGUUGGUCGUACUGGGAAUCCUAGGAAUAUUCGGAGGUAUACUGUCACUCUUUUUGCCCGAAACACUCGGACAUGACCUUCCACAGACACUGUCGGAUGGAGAAGACUUCGGACGAGGGCAAAAAAUUUGGGACUUCCCAUGCAUGACAAAACAAAUUGACGACGACAUCGAUGACCUUCCGGUGGAGCGUUUCACACGUGCCACGUCAAAAACCUCAUUCGGUGCUUCACUGCGGGCUUCAACGACCGGCGAACUUCGAUCCAGCAUGCUGAACCGUUCGAUUCGAUCGCGCGUCUCGGCGCGAUCACUCCAGCAGCAACCAAGGCAAGACCAGUUAACCGAAUGCGUUUAAUGUCGCCGGCAGUUGCUAAUUUGUACAGUAUCCUACCCCACAUUUGUGCGAGCACUCGAACACCCUCCUAGGAGAUAGAUUGAUAGACUACCGUUUCUCGCGAGCUCACUACGGUGUGUAGGCCACUCGCCGAGAAACAAAGCUUCCCCACUAGUCAGCCGUAUCGGAUGGUUCAUUAGUAUUGAUACUCGUAUUUUAAUCACAUUUUAACACCCAUUGGCGCUACUGGAGAAAAUCAACGUUAUCAGUAAGGCAACAAGCAAAGAGCUGUGAGCCACAAUAUAGAAGGACACUAGUUAGGACUUGUUCUUCAUGCUAUUGUGUGGCAAGGAGUAUUCGUGUAUUUUUAAGAAGCCGUAUUUGCCAAAAGUAUUAAAUUUCCUCAAAACGAAAAAGUAACCAAUCAAACCGAACAACUAUAUUGGAGUUCCUCAGAUGGUGCUAUAUAUUUAAGAAGGAAACGCAACCGGGCAUGUGAUAAACUUAUGUAAAAUACGUUCUAAUGACAGUCAUCCCACUACAGUAGUAUUUGUAUAAAAUCUAGGAGCAGUUCCAGUUAUUUACAUGGUGGAAUCAGUUUGCCCUAAGGCAAUCGAUAUGGUUUUAACAAAUGUAUGACUAGGAGUAAGUUUUAUAAUUUAAAAGACUUUAAAUAUUUAAAUUGACUUAAUCGUUGUGCUGGUUGCUGUUGAAAAAACGAUUGAAACCUACUUUCACAAUGCUAUCAACAGCAGAAAUGUAUUUUAAUGUAAUUUCUUUAUUUAUAUUAUUGUAAAGCGUACAGAAAGAUUAUGUUGACCUUCGAAUGAUUAAUGGUCUAUUCGAAUCAUUGUAUGUAUUGUUCUACGUUAACGAAUAAAGCAACGAAUGUCAAGAA